AGGCGAGGUGAGUGUGUGUUAGAGUGUUUGUGAAGAGUGUGGGUGUCGGCGCGUGGGGCCGAGACACACUCCAUGAUGGCCGCAGCGGCGGGACCCAACACAAGUAAUUUUGCUCAAAGUUCCGCUUUUGCCGACGCAGUACAGCGCGCUAGACAGAUUGCUGCUAAGAUCCAGCCAGCGGGACAGAAGCGGCCCCUGGAGGAGACAGAGAGUGGCAUGGAUCGUGUACCAGGCUUGCUGCUCCCAGGUCCUGACGCCAAGAGACCCCCAGGCAGUGGUGGCGGCGGUGCUAACGCAGGCGGCGGCGGGCCGGGGGGACCCGGUGCCGGCGGUCCUGGUGGUGGUCCCGGCGGAGGAGAGCCCGCUUUCAUGGGAGGACCUCUGAUGGGCGGCCCUGGUGGUCCCGGUGGUCCUGGUGGCCCCGGUGGUCCCCCAGGUGGCGGAGGACCACCUGGGGGAGGAGGGGGACCACACAGGGGUUUAGGCUCUGUGGAAUCCGAUGAAAUUGAGGUGCCGGACAAGAUGGUGGGCCUGAUCAUUGGACGUGGUGGUGAGCAGAUCACACGCCUGCAGAGGGAGUCAGGUGCCAAGAUACAGAUGGCGCAGGACAGCGGAGGCAUGCCCAACAGAGUCUGCACUGUGUCUGGACCAAGGGACGCAAUCAACAGAGCCAAGGAGAUGAUCUUUGAAAUAGUGUCGCGUGGAGACGGCCCACAGGACAGGAGGGGCCGCGGGGGCAUGGGUGGUGGCGGCGGCGGACCCAUGGGACCCCCUGGGAUGGACAUGGGCGGGAACAGUACCACGGUGGAGAUCAGCAUCCCAGGGCCCAAGGUUGGACUGAUUAUUGGCAAGGGAGGGGAGACCAUCAAACAGCUGCAGGAGAAGUCUGGUGCCAAGAUGGUCAUUAUACAGGACGGCCCACAGCAGGAGAAUGAGAAGCCAUUGCGUAUCUCGGGCGAACAGCACAAGGUGGACAUGGCCAAGCAGUUAGUGUACGACCUAAUAGCGGAGAAGGAGACGCAGGCCGCACAGUUUGGCAACCGAGGGCGCGGCCGUGGCGGAGGAAACUUUGGUGACCGCCGAGGGGACCGGGAACGUGGCGAGAGGGACCGCAGGGACAGAGACCGGGAGAGAGACGAGUUCGGCGGUGGUGAUGAGAGGCAGGACCACUUUGGCGGUGGCGGCCGUGGCGGUGGCCGUGGCGGCUUCAACAAUGACUGGGGCCGAGGGGGUCCAGGUGGUCCCCCAGGAGGACCCAUGGGCCGGGGAGGCUUUGGACCGGGUGGACCUGGGGGACCAGGCGGACCUGGAGGCAUGGGAGGCCCCGGAGGACCAGGCGGACCAAUGGGCCGUGGUGGUCCAAUGGGCGGGCCAAUGGGAGGCGGCGGCGGUGGCGGCGGGCGUGGUGGACCGAAUGACAAGGUGGAGGUGUUCUUCAAUGUGCCGGCCCUUAAAUGUGGGCUGGUGAUUGGCAAGGGAGGCGAGACCAUUCGAACAAUCAACCAGCAGACCGGGGCACACUGCGAGCUGGACCGCCGCUCAUCCAGCAACCCCAACGAGAAGACCUUCAUCAUCCGAGGCAGCCCUGACCAGAUCGAGGACGCCAAGAAGAUGAUUGCUGAGAAGGCCGGGAUGGGUACUGGUGGCCCAGGGCAGAAUGGUACAAGUAACUUGGCUCCUCAGGGAUGGGGCAACGCGUACCAGCAGUGGAACCAGGGACACCCCAACGACCCCACCAAACAAGCUGCAGAUGCCAACGCCGCUGCCUGGGCUGCCUACUAUUCCCAGUACUACGGCAACAGUCAGAACCAGAAUGCACAGAACAGCGGCCCUCCCACGUCCCAGCCACAGCCCAACGCCACGCAGCACCCCACGGGACCCCAGGCUGGUGGGCAACCAGACUAUUCAGCACAGUGGGCCGACUACUACAGAAGUAUGGGCAUGCACAGAGAAGCAGAGGCCAUCGAACAGCAGGCCAAGAACAUGAAAGUGGGCGGACCAGGACCCAACGCAGCACCACAGCAGGGCGGUGCAGUGCCAGGGGCCAACCCGGGGCCAGGGGCAGGCGGGGGCACGGGGACGCAGGACUACUCACAGCAGUGGAUAGAGUACUACCGGUCCCAGGGGAUGCACGCGGAGGCCGACAAGAUAGAGACUCAGAUCAAGGCAUCCAAGGGAGCAGUGGGUGGGGUGCUGGCCGCCCCCAAUGCCCCUCACCAGCUUCGGGGAGCAGCACCGUCCGCGCCGACGCCCGUUGCAGCAAGCACGGCGCCGCAGCCGGCCCCAGGAGUGGCAGCAGUGGCGGUCAACGGACAGAGCUCCACCCAGCAGCCGGGUGGCGGCGGACUGGGUGACUACUCCCACCAGUGGCUUGAGUACUACCGCUCUCAUGGUAUGCACGCUGAGGCUGAUAAAAUUGAGCAGCAAAUAAAGGCUGCCAAGGGAGGAGCUGGAGGCCCACCAGGAGGAGGUCCCGGGGCCCCCAUGUAUAAUCCUACGUUUAAUCAGGGCUAUUAGGCUAUUGUAGAGCAUCGCUCUGGAAAGUGGCUCCUCUGCUCCUCCGACAAGCAGACCCAUUUGUUGUUGCCUUGAAGACUUCAGUUGUGGGUUGUUGGCCUCAAAAUGUAUCAUGUUGCGAUAUCUUAUUCGUGAUGUCAUGAUGAUGAUGAUGAUGUUCUUCGGUAUGAGAUGCUAUUCAUAAGGAUGGUGUGAAGCUGCUCCAUACUUCAAGAUGUACAAUGAUUUUUGUGUCACUAUAUCUAAUUUAAUAACUAUGGUUAUCAUUAUUCUUUAUUAUUAUUAUUACUACUACUAUCAUCAUCAACAGUAAGUGUAGGAAAGGUUCUUGUUACAUAAGUAAAUUUUUUCUAUGUCUUGUAAAUAUAGCACAGAGUUUACUCUUCCUAUAAUUAUGGCUAGUGUGAAGAGGGUUCCCUGUACAAGGAGUGUAGGCUAGGGUGUGGCAGGGCGUGGCACAGGACAGGAUCGCCGAGCUGAGCAGGACGGGGUGGGGCGGGGCAGGGUGGGCGGGCGGGCCGGGCAGGGUGGGCCGGGCAGGGCAGGACGGGGCGCUGCGGACCUCUCUGAAAUGUGCAUUCUUACUCUUAAGCCAUGUACCAUGUGCCUACCAUUAUUAUUAUUAUUAUUAUGAUGAUGCUGAGGUUUUGAUCCUUUGAUGAAGCAAUUCCAUUGCCUUGAAAUCGUUCCCUUAUUGAGUGAUUUACAUUUUUUUAUCUAUUGAUUGCACCGCCAUUAAUAUUGCUACUAUUAAUUAUUAUUAUUCCCAUAUCAAUGAUGCCGAUAAAAUUUUUCAUGCCAUUACCUAACCUCCUUUUACAGGUAAAUAUUGCCGUGAUUUGCAUCCGUUUUUUGCACAUGCAUUAUGCCAUUACCUCUAUACUACAUAUAUAUAUAUCUAUAUAUAUAUUAAUAUAUAUAUAUUAUCUCUAUAUAUAUUUAUAUAAUUUGAAGGAAUGCUGUUUCUGUACCGUCUUGACAUUUCGGGAUAUUUGUGACUCAGUGUUUUGUUAUGGCCAAUAUCAUUACAGGCGAUCAGGGCAAAGAGUUAAGGAGGAAGAAGAAACACAGUCACCACACGACAAACAGGUAAAUGUAGUCAAUGAUAUAUUUCUAGAUUAUUAUAUAUUUGCCCAUUUUUACCGUCCACGCGGCACCGGGGAGAGAGAGAGAGAGAGAGCGAGAGAGAGAGAGAGAGAGGGAGAGAGAGGCUGACGCGUGUCUGUACUGCCACCCAGCGUCACGUUUCCCGCCGCCGCCCUGGGGAGACGAUGCAUUUUAUCCAUUCUUUUCUCCUUGUUGUCCUCCAUUACAUCUCCCUUUUACAUGUGGUUACUGCCAUGCUUUCCUCGAGUCAGCGCCGCGAAGGACACUGGUGCUCUGCCGUGUAGGAAGCGGGUCCCUCAGUACAGCACUAGCCUCUUACUAUUAUUAUUAUUGAUGAUGAUGAUGAUGACCUAUAUUUUUAUUCAUGCAUUGUUAUUACUGCAUUACUUCAUUACUGCCACUACCAGCGUCGGUACAGUGCCGUGUUUUGUGCCCAGCGUUAUCCAUCAUUAUGAUUAUUAUGGUUUGCUCGCCAACACUCUACAUUCUGAUUGUCAGUGGUGGAGAGAGGUCCAGCUCAUUCCAAGCCAGGGGGGGGAAGGUCAGGCCUGGCUAGACCGGCUUUAUCUGUAGGUUUCUUUGUUCAUUGCGAGGGAGUGUGUGAGUGAGAGAGCGAGCGAGUUAAUGGUGCGUGUGAGUGUGUGAGGAUGUGUGUUAGGUCUAGAGUUUGUCUCACCCAUUAGCACGCCAUAGGAGUUAUAUUUUUCACAAAUGGUGAGUUUUACCAGGUUCCCCUUUAUACAGUAUAUAUUUUUCAUUUAUGGUUUUUAUUAUUUUUUUAGUUCAUUUUCUUUUCACACUCCAAAUUCAUUUCUUUUCCUCGCCUCGUGAGUUUUCGGAGUUUCACAGACUUGCUCAAUUGCCGCCUGUGGCUGGUGUACGAUUGAGACGACCAAUAAAUCUUCUCACGCCA